CAGAUUUCAUUUGAAUCAGAUGGAGCUGUUAUUAGAUUAAUGUCAUUAGUGGCAGCUGUGUUUGUCCUCAGGUGCCUUUAGCUGCUAAGAGCGACAGGGAACCUGAUAUAAAAGUUGAGACUUGGUAAAUAAAGCCAAUAAUCAUUAAUACCUUUAUGCCAAGUUUACCCGAAUGUGCUGAAGAUUUAGCCCGUAUUCAAGACAACUGUGUCUGUGCAGAUAAUGACUAAGAAAAAAUUAACAUAUAAUUAAUUUCAGAGGCAUUUGAAUAAAAUUUGUUGCAUGUGCAUGCUACACCACGGAGAGGCCACAUUCCUGUUAACACAAGUUCUAACAAUGAGCAUCAGCAUCAGUUAAAGUUGAAGAAAUACAUAUAACACUGGAUUCCAGGAACAAAACAGCGUAAUACAAUGAGUUACCAAAAGAGAAGAACGGGCUCCUUGGGGUGUGUGUUGAGAAAAUGACGGCAUGAAGGAAAUAAAGCAGUUAUCCCCCUGGAGAAAAAUGGACUUUAUUCAGAAAAGAGCUUCACAGAUUCACACACUGUGCUGGGUGCUCCUCCUGAAGUUGUAAGGGGGAUGGAGCAGCGUGGAGGUGCAGGAGGGGGAGCAGAAAGCCCCGGCCUUCAAGACAAUGCCAGCUUAGAGGAGAGAUGGGACAGGGGGGAGAGCCCUGCCUCCAGCGGCCCCCUGCAUGCCAAGUCAGCCCAUGCGCAGUCCAAUGGCAGCCCGGCAAACCCACAGAGCCGACAGAACAGCACACCGCUGAAGCCACUAGGAGGUGGGGCGCUAAGGCACACACGUUUGAUGAUCCCAGUCUACUGUGUGGUCGAGCAGGCAGACAUUGCUGGCAACUGUGAGGGGCACGGUGACCGGCACGCCGAGUUUGUGUUGGUCCGCAAGGACGUCCUCUUCACACAGCUCGUAGAGACAGUGCUGGUCGCUCUGGGGUACUCGCACAGCUCAGCUGUACAGGCACGUGGCAUCAUUAAAGUGGGCCAGUGGAAGCCGAUGCCCAUCCAUUACCUGACAGACGCACCUGAGGCCACGGUGGCUGACAUGCUGCUGGACGUUUACCACAUGGUCACGCUGCGGAUCCUCCUGCGCAGCUUUGCGCGGCUGGAGGAGCUGCCAUCAGAUCAGUGGACCCACGCCACAGUGAGAAACGCCCUGAAAGAGCUGCUCAGGGAAACCAACCAGAGCGCUCUGUCCAAGGAGUGCCCUCUCUCCCAGAGCAUGAUCUCAGCGAUAGUCAACAGCUCCUACUACGCCAACGUCUCCACCUCUAAAUGCCAGGAGUUUGGACGCUGGUACAAGAGGUACAAACGCAUCAAAGGUGAAUAUAUCGACAAGAUGUGGUCAGCACCGGACAAAUCAGAUAUAAAAGUUGAGAGGGAUUUGGACGCGAGUGUAAUCAGCCAGCACCCUCCCUCUCUUUUACCCUCCGUCACCCAUUUGGGCACCUUUGGCAGCCCUGGAGCACUUCCCAUCAAGAGUGACACUCAGACCUCCACCCAGCCUCAGUGUCUGCCUCACCACCCCAGUCCUCCGCUGUGUCCCCAGCCUCCACCCCUCCUGGGCCACGGCGGGCUCCUUUCCCCCCAGCUCUCCCCUCAGCUUGUCCGUCAGCAGCUCGCCAUGGCCCACCUCAUCAACCAGCAGCUGGCUGUCAGCCGCCUGCUCGCCCACCAGCACCCACAGGGAGUCAGCCAACAGUUCCUCAACCACCCGCCCAUCUUGAGGACCUGCAAGGGCUCUGGGGCAGCUACUGAGCCCAGCCUCAACUGUUCAGGGACCGAAGUUUCCUCUGACAUUUACCAGCAAGUCAGGAAUGAGCUGAAGAGGGCCAGCGUUUCACAGGCAGUGUUUGCACGUGUGGCUUUUAACCGCACACAGGGCUUGCUAUCGGAGAUUCUUCGUAAGGAGGAGGAUCCUCGCUCGGCCUCUCAGUCGCUGCUGGUCAACCUGAAGGCCAUGCAGAACUUCCUCAACCUGCCGGAGGGUGAGCGAGACCGCAUCUACCAGGAGGAAAGAGAGAGGAGUACCAACACCAACCACAACCACUCCAGCAACCACAUCUCUAACAGCAGUGCACACAGACACACACAGACAAGGUGCAGCAUGUCUGGUGCGGAGCUAUCGCUCAAGCUGGACUCGCUGGUGAGCAUCACAUCAGGAAUCUAUGAUGAGAUCCAGCAGGAGAUGAAGAGGGCAAAGGUCUCCCAGGCUCUGUUUGCCAAGGUGGCUGCCAACAAGAGUCAGGGUUGGCUCUGUGAGCUGCUCAGGUGGAAAGAGAGCCCAAGCCCCGAGAACCGCACACUGUGGGAGAACCUGUGCACCAUCAGGAGGUUCCUGGCGUUACCGCAGGCCGACCGGGACCAGGUUUAUGAGGAGGAGUCGAGGCAGCAACACAACGACAGGCUCCACACUGUCCUGCACAUCUCCGAUCAGCAGCAGGCACUCCACAGACAGCUUCUGCCUCCUCUGACAGCCCCAUCUCCGAUUGAUGAAGACCCACAGCCUGUGCCGCUGCCAGCCCUGCAUGGCUCAGAAGAUGGGCCUCGGUGUGGGUUGAACCCUGGCCUCGGAGGUGCAGGUCUAAAGAAAGCCCGUUCGCGGACACGGAUAUCCCUGGAGGCCCUCGGAAUCUUGCAGAGCUUCAUUGGUGAUGUGGGCCUCUACCCUGACCAGGAGGCCAUCCACACCCUGUCAGCCCAGCUGGACCUGCCCAAACACACCAUCGUCAAGUUCUUCCAGAACCAACGCUACAAUGUAAGGCACCACAAUCAGGCACGAGAGCCCGUCCCCAGGGAGGACGACCUGGAAAGCUUGAGCCCCAGUGAGGGAGGCACUGGCACAGCAGAGAGCCAAGGGGAGGAGGCACUCUCUGCUUCUGAGGAGUCAAGUGAGGAAGGACGAGAAUCAGUGGAGUUGUUCCGAAUGGAGGGAGGAGACAGAGGAGAGGAAAGACAAGUGGAAAUGGAGGUAGACAAAGAAGAAGGCAAUGAUGGGAAAGCCUCAGGGCCAGCGACUUCCUCCCUGUCCCCAUACAGCAGUGUGGACAGCCCCCACUCUACAGAGCAACAGAGAUAACAGCAGAGAGAAGCAAAAGACACCAUCAAACUGUGAAGACCACACGUAGAUAACCUGUGAAUAAACACACAUUUCCAUCAUCAUCUUUACCAGAGCUGAACUGUGGGAAAAUGUAAGGUUUGCCUGAAAAGGUACCACCAGUGUUUUUGGUUUCAUGCUGCAUGGAGACAAUAUUUAGUGAUCAUUUUCACCAAAUGAAAAACUGUUUCUUCCUAAAUUUCAUCACUCGUCUUUUUAGGGAGGAUGGAAAAGGCUUCCAGGAUUCCACUGAAACACAGGUUAAAUCAAAUCUUUGAGUAGGAAUUUUUUUUUUUUUUUGACAAAUCUCCAAUAGUGACUCUGCACGCUGUGAGAUGAUGGACUCCUGCAGCACAACACACUUUGUCAUGGUCUGAAUGAAAUAGUGCAUAUCAUCAGUACAGUAUGUAUGCCUGGGUGGGGAAGUGAUUUAUGCUGCAGGAAUGGUUUGAGAAGUCUCCAUCCUCUUUUCAUAGUUUCCAUCCUCAAAGUCCAGUCAUCUUUUCAGACUACUCUAUCUCUUUGUUUAUUAUGUUUAAAGGUUGAGUGUUAAUACUCUAAAGAUGUUUCCUUGUCAGGUUUCACUGCAGUGCACAGGAAUGUACUUGUAUACAGAUGGGUUUAUGUGUGUAAACGUAUUUUAAAAAACAUUGUUCAGCAAGUCAGACACAUAGAACAACAGAGGUUUCAUUCCAGAAGUUUCUCAUGGCCAUGCCAAAAAAACUGAGCAUGUGUGACCUGAAAUACUUAAGUGAAGCAUUUGGGCUUUCUCAUAGAGAAAGAGAAAGUAGUUUCACUGCUUUAUAUUACAUCAUGUUAGAAAUACAUGGAGAUCAAUAGAUAAAACUAUAUUGACAAGUUGCAACCAGGAGCAUCCAUGUGAGCAGAGCUGGGUCCUGUCACCCCGUGAGGGUGAGAUGCUAACACUUUAUGUUCAGAUAAACGUAUUGGCUUUGGACAGUAGUGCCUCACUCUGGGAAUUGGAGACGUGCCGAACAAAAACACAAAAAUAUCCACCCAGAUUUAAGUCAGUCUUCUGUUCUUUUUUUUUUUUUUGAUGCUGUAAUUUAUUGUCAAUUUCCUUCCCAUGAUGCUUUAGGGUGCCCCUCCAUCGAAUGAGCUAUAUGUGACAUUUAAUGAUGAUAAAUAACCCCCACAUAAAUAUUUAUUUCUAGCAUUAUAUUUACUAAACUCAUAGUGUUGUAAUUAUAGCUUAGCUAUAAUUUUUUUUGAUAAUGUUUUUGUAAAUGUGACAAAAGAGGUUGAA